AUACUUUGCGUUUGCCAAAAAUAAACAAACCUGGGCUACUGAAACUGAAGCUAAAGUGUGAAUCAGCUCCUGCUACUCCGUGUUCAAUACACAUCAACUAAAUACAAGACACACAGCACAAGCGUUUAAUUGCUUUUAUUUCCUCAAGACUGCAGGCGACUCAUCAGCACUUACAGAAAACAUGUAACGUUAGCAUCUUGCUAAAUAUCCACCGUGCAUUCAUGAUCUCCAUGCAUAUACAACAUGAAUAGCACAUGAUACAUUUAUGAGCAUAUAUGACCGUAAUCGAAUUGCAUGCUUUUUAGACUUACUUUAUUUAACUUAACCAGCCAUUUGAAACAUAUUGCAUUGUGCUGAAACAGAAAGUCCAUAACAAGCCCCCAAUAUUCUGUAACGUUCAUAAUGACAACACGGAAAAGGAAGAAAUCAUUGUUAACGUUACCUCAGUCCGAGUGUGCCAGCGAUCAGACUGAUGGUGAACCUCUCAAGAGACCCAGUCAGUGUCAAUCUGACAAGAUAGCUGUGCUUCAGCAUCUCAGCCCUUACUUCUCAGUGAGAGAGUCUGUCAGACUGAGUUACAGCUUCUUCAAUCAGCCCUGCGAAGAUCUGGCAAAGGCCUUUCUCGGCAAGGUGUUGGUGAGGAAGCUAACUGAUGGCACUGAGCUCAGAGGACGGGUUGUGGAAACCGAAGCAUAUUUGGGUGGGGAGGACAAAGCGUCCCACUCAGCAGGAGGGAAACGAACGGAGAGAAACACUGCCAUGUUCAUGAAGCCUGGGACCAUCUACGUCUAUCCCAUCUAUGGCAUCUACCUCUGCAUGAACGUCUCCAGCCAAGGGGAGGGGGCGGCGGUGCUUGUGCGCUCGCUGGAGCCUCUGAGCGCUCAGGACGUCAUGAGGGGCCUGCGAGCAGCCAAACGCAAGGCAGGAGCCAAAAUCCUUAAGGAGAAAGAGUUCUGCAAUGGGCCGUCAAAGCUGUGUCAAGCACUAGAUAUACAGCGCUGCUUCGACCGCAGGGAUCUGGCCACUGACACAGAGGUGUGGCUUGAGAGGGACCCAGAACGAGAGGCCGUCUGCGCGGGAGAGGUGGUGUCAGCGCCCCGGAUAGGAGUCGAGUCUCACGGUGAAUGGGCAACCAAACCGCUUCGCUUCUACUUGAGAGGACACCCGUGUGUGAGCGUGCUGAACAGAGACGCAGAGCGCCAGAUGCAGUCCUCCACUGAUCUUCAUAACACUGAGAUGGACAGGACAGUCUGAUGAAAUGUUGUUUAGUCACAAAAUCACUCUUUUAAAGGAGUGUUUGCUUAAAAAUUAAUCAUUUACUCACUAUCAUGUCGCUCUAAAUCUGUGUGGUGUUUUUUGGUACCCUACUGAACACCAAAGGAGAUGUUUAGCAGAAUGUCCAAGCUGCUUUUAUCUUAUCCAUUUAAUUCUAGUUAAUGCUGACUAGGGACUGGCAAGGUUAAAAAAAAAUGUUGAAGAGCACUCUACAAGUAUCAUGGCUUGUUCUCUAUAGUCUCUGUAAGUCUUCUAACUCAUCCAAAAAAAAAGGUUUACGUCAUUAUUCAGCGAUAAUCUUCUCAUUUUUCCUCACAAAGCUUUCCAAAUUGAGAAGAAUAUAAAACACAAAUCUGCUACUGUGCUUGUUUUGUCCAUUUUGGAGCUUGAAGACCCCUGGUGACUAAUCAUUUUCAAGGUAUUGAGACAUUUUUGCAUUUUUGAGAACAUUUUCACAUUUUUGAGUCAACUAAUCUUUUGAGUUUGAGUCUCGUAACAGCAUGUUUCUUUAUUGCAUAUUCUUGUUAUUCCUGGUGCUGUAUUGAUUUUACAGAUGUUUGGAAAACCAUUUGCACUUCAAGGUAAUUACAACCCCCUUUUCUCUU